GCUUCUCCGAGAACACUGUGACAUACCGCUGUUAACGUUAAAUAGGCUGCGUUCGUGUAGCGCAUGGACGAACCCAGACACCAUCGCCGCUUUCUCCUCAGGAUGUUGUGCCUGCAUAUCCAUCAAAAGAUCAGAAAUAGCACAAAACUGAACAAGCAAUCAAAGGAGUCUGAUCACAUGCUUCUUUGCUCUUUCUCCUGCAGACCAUCUUGAUUCAGAACAUCUACCGUAAUCCACAGAACAGUGCACAGACAGCCGACGCUUCGCGCUACCAUUUCCCUCUUGAACAUUUACCUUCAUAACCUUCAAAACUCUGCCCAGUCUGCUGAUGGUUUACACUGCGCCGUCAGCGAUGUGGAAAUGCAGGAGCACUACGACGAGUUCUUUGAGGAGGUGUUCACGGAGAUGGAGGAGAAGUACGGCGAGGUGGAGGAGAUGAACGUGUGCGACAACUUGGGCGACCACCUUGUCGGCAACGUCUACGUUAAGUUUCGACGUGAGGAGGAUGCAGAGAAAGCCGUCACGGACCUGAAUAAUCGCUGGUUCAACGCCCAAGCCGUCCACUCGGAGCUCUCCCCCGUCACUGACUUCAGGGAAGCGUGCUGCCGCCAGUAUGAAAUGGGAGAGUGUACCCGGGGGGGCUUCUGCAACUUCAUGCACCUGAAACCAAUAUCGCGGGAACUUCGAAGGGAGUUGUACGGCCGCCGCAAGAAAGGGAACCGCUCGGGAUCGCCCUCCCGGGAAAGACGCUCCCGCUCGAGGGACCGGCGGCGGGAGCGCGAGAGGCCGAGACGUUCGAGGGACCGAGAGCGCUCUGGAAGGUUCUGAAAGAAGCCACGGCCGACCUGAUGUCCUACCACACACACCCCCUCCCAUCCUGACCCCAGCAGUGAUGACAAAGUUAUUUUCUUUAUCGGUGAAUCGUUGGAAGUGUUUUUCUUUUAUUCCCUUUUUUUAAGACAAGCUUGUGUCACUUUCUCAAUAAAACAGAUUUGUAACUCUG